UUUCUUCUUCUUUUUAAUACUACUUUAUAUAUACAUUUAAAUAUAUAUCUCUCUUUCUCCUUUUUUUAUUACUAUUUUUGGAAGGCCCUCUCUUUUUUUUUUGAAAAAAAAAAAACAAAUGGCGGACGACGAAUCCCCUUUUCAAUUCGACUUUGAUGACGAUGUAUUUCUGACAGAAAGAAUCAGAUCCAAACCUGAAACUGUUAAAGUGGAAUAUGAAGCUAAACAAGAAACCGAUGGCUGGUUCCACAGCACAAAGAAUUACGAAGUCUUGAUGUUGGAACGUCAUGGGCCUAAUCAACUCAAGAGUGCGAUCGAACACGAUUACCUCUACAAACGAUACGAGCGUGCACUCGAAGGUGCCCUGGCUUUUAUUCACAUUUCUGAUACCAAUCCUGCCUGCAAGAUCAACAACACUCGUGAGAUGUGUGAGAUUGCGAUCCAUUCUGCAGUUCGAUUGAAUAACUAUGCAUUGGCUGAAAAAAUACUGGAUAGAAAACAGCCUACAAUGGAACUCGGGCCUUUACUGUUAAAAGGAGCAAUCUACCCUCAUUGCAAUAAUCGACAUGGAGACGCACUUGCUAGUUUGGUAGAUUACAGUCAACAACGUCGACUCGAUUACGCUGCAUGGAGACAGAUGGCAGCAAUCUUUAUGGAUGCCUGGACAAAAGAUAAGAAUUUAAAUGAAAACCCCGAAGAGAUGCGAAUCAAUAUAGCAUUCCUGUGCUUGCAACGUGCUCAUCGGAUCAUGACUUCAAGCCGAUGGUUCCUCAAGUCAGAGUUUGUACGUCGUCGGUAUGAGAGGGAACUCAAGGUUCUGGUGAAAGAGAUGGAGGCAGUCGAACAAGGAGAUGCAGGCCAAUUUGUGGCGUGGAUCAAUGGGCCAAAGCCGAAUGCAAAAGCAGCAGGACUGGGAGUGUACAAAUGGAAGGAUAUUGAGUGGAUAGCUUGUGAGUGGACAUCCCUCUUUGAAGAAGAAGAAGAACAAGUAAAGGUAGCUGAUCUUUAGAAUGAAUAAAGUAUAUAGAGGAUCUAUACAGCUUUCUUCUCUUUGUAAAAAUAAAAUAAAAUAAAAUAAUAUAUAUAUAUAUAUAUAUAUAAAUAAAACACAAAAUAUAAUAU